UGGCGAGUUUGAAAUAAUCUAAGACCAUUCGUUGGACUUUCAUGUGCCUCAUGUGUUCUUUAUGAGCCUUUCAUGGCGUCUGUGCCGCUGAUCAGGAACAAAAUCGUAUGGUUCAUGAUAUAACUACUACAGAAGUUCCCUCUUUUACCAUUGAUCAUGCCAAAACUGUGUGCCAGAUAUCAAUGGUAGGCCUCCAUAAGAAAAGGACAAGAUCUCUUCUUUUUCUACAAUGAUUUUGGAUACAACUCCUCUGUGUAAGGAUUGACUUUGGGACCCAAUAUGCUUAAGUUACCUGUGAAUAUGAGGUUUCUUUCAAUUAUAUUUUCCAUUGCCCUUCUGGCAUCUGCACUCGUGUUGCUAGGAGACAGCUUGGGCGGAUAUGGAUUUGUAUGGAAAGGACAAUUAUUAAAGAGAGAUGAUACUCCAAAGGUGUUUGAAUUACACAGUGGGAAGGUGCAUAUGAAGAUAACCAAUUGGGGAGCCACCAUAUUGUCUCUAAGCAUCCCAGAUUCCAAAGGGAAGUUAGCUGAUGUAGUUCUGGGAUUUGACACACUCACUCCAUACAUGAAUGGGUCUUCUCCCUACUUUGGUGCACUUGUGGGGCGUGUAGCCAACAGAAUCAAGGAUGCCCAAUUCACAAUCAAUGGAAGCACCUACCAUUUGCCUGCCAGCGAAGGAAAUAACACACUUCAUGGAGGAAUCAGGGGCUUUGACAAGGUGUUAUGGACUGCCAAAGAAAAGAAAUGGGGAAAAUAUACAUCUAUUCAGUUCACCUACCACAGCCAUGAUGGCGAACAAGGAUUUCCAGGUGAUCUUGAUGUAUCUGCCACAUAUACGCUUGGAUACAAUAAAUUGAGGCUUGAUAUGAAGGCAGUGGCUAGGAAUAAGCCUACCCCUGUAAACCUAGUCCAGCAUACUUACUGGAACCUUGCAGGCCAUAACAGUGGAAGGGACAUUCUAGGGCAUUCUGUGAAAAUAUGGGCUUCAAAAUAUACUCCAACUGAUAAGGCCCUUAUUCCCACAGGCCAGAUUUUGCCUGUGAAAGGUACCCCUUUGGAUUUUACCAAAGAAGUUACUGUUGGAAGCAAGAUUAAUGAGCUUCCUGCAGGAUAUGAUCAUAAUUAUGUUCUUAACAGUAAGAAGAAUUCCAAGACUGGUCUGAGACCAGCUGCACAAGUUAAGGAGAAGCAUAGUAAGAGAAUGUUGGAGGUGUGGACAAAUGCACCAGGCAUGCAGUUUUAUACCAGCAAUGCUCUCAACAUAAUUGGGGGCAAAGGAGGGGCAGUCUACAAGGAACAUUUUGGGUUGUGUUUAGAGACUCAAAACUUUCCUAAUGCAGUCAAUCAACCAAACUUUCCCUCUGAAAUUGUAUAUCCUGGUAAAGUGUACAAGCAUACAAUGGUGUUUAAGUUUUCAGUGCAUAAGUAGACACCAUUAAUUUUGUUUUUCAAUGCUUCAUCCAUCCGAAUCUUUAAAAGAGUUUAUGAAGUUUGUAAAAUAAUUUCAAUUGGUCUUUCCAUUUGUUUUCUCCAACACAAACAUCCAACAAUGGGAAUGCAGUAUCUUGAAUUUUGAGUGGAUGUACUUGAAUGUUCAUGAAAGUAAUUUAAAUAUGAUUGAAUUC